AUGGUGAAAAACCGUCGUGGCAAGCGCAAACACGAUGAUCCUACGGUGGACGAAGGCAGCGACACGGGAGCUCCAGACACCACCACGGACACGGCAGUUCCGGACGAACCCGCCGACGCAUCUCCCGAAGUGACGGAACCCACGGAACCACCGGUGGAUAUAUCCAAACUCGUCACGAAGGGUUUGUGGGACGACGACGCCAAAGUCGUGGAAUCUUCGCUGACGGAAGUAGCGAAUCUGAGUUUUGGACAUUCACAGGCGGGGCCUAACCGUGUCACCAUUAGUCUCACCGGUGGACUCCUCGCCAUUGUCAAGGCGAUGCACCGCUUCUCCGACGACGCACUCGUACAAGCUGCCGGCGGGAGAGCACUCCAGAAUCUGGCACUGGAUCAGAACAACAAGGGCGGUAUCGCUAGCGCCGGAGGUAUUCAAGUCCUCGUGGCCGCCAUGGAACGAUUCCCUGACGACUCCGCCGUGCAAAUGGGCGGCUGUGGGACAUUUCAGAAUCUCGUAUGGGGCAACGACGAAAACGGAACCCGCAUCGUACAAGCCAAAGGCGUGCCCGCCAUUAUUAACGCCAUGCAACGACACGCAGAUCUCGCGGAAAUGCAGGAAUGGGCCUGUGGAGCGCUCUACCUCCUAGCCCUCGGGGAAGACAGUGACGUCAAGGACGCCAUACUGGACGCGCACGGAUUGACCAACAUUGCCGCCGCCAUCGAAAAUCAUCGCGACGAUGCCGGGAUUCGGGAAAAGGCGCGGAACGCCCUGGCGAGGCUCUUGUGGUGAGAAAUG